GCCAAGAUGAACAUUUCCCGCGUUUUUCAUGUAAAAAUGAUUCCAAUUUGAGUUGUUGGAUAGAGUUGGAUAGAGUUUUACCAACGGUUUUACUGCUUCUUUGUAUUCUUUGUCUUCGAAGAUUUCUAAAAGAUUUACUUGAAUCUUUGACACGAUGGUUGAAAUUUUACAUGUGGAAAUAUGUCAGAAGAUUGAUAGCACCUUAUUGCAGCAGGACAUCAAAGAUGCUGUCAAGGCAGAACUAUGUCUUCUGGAAGAAGUGAUUUUAAAUUCCUUGCUUUUAGGAACUUUUUUUAGUAAUGAAAUUGUAAAGACACAUGUUGAAUCUAUAUUAUGUUCUUUAAAUAAUGAGAAAUCUCGUACUAAAGUCAAGGGAACGAAUAUCCAGCUAUACGUCUAUAGACUUGUACAGGAAGAAGCUGCAAUAGAAACAAUGCAGGAUGAUAAUGGAGAAUUACCAGUUGCUGCAAACUGUAUUUUACCCAGUAAAGAAUUCCAUGGGCUGUGGGAAAAUUUGUACUAUGAUUCUGGAGUAAAAGAAAAUCUCUUAGAUUUUGUGGAAACAAUUGCUGUUUUCUCAGAUCGACUUGUCGAUCCCAAUGUUAUAAACUGCAACAGAGUGGUUUUGCUUCAUGGACCACCAGGAACUGGAAAAACAAGUCUCUGCAAGGCUCUUGCACAAAAAAUAACAAUUCGUCUUGGAGAUCGUUAUUCUCACGGAGAACUUGUAGAAAUAAAUAGCCACAGUUUGUUUUCUAAAUGGUUUUCUGAGAGUGGAAAGUUAGUAAUGAAGCUCUUCUCGGAAAUCAAAAUUCUACUUCAAAAUCCCAAAGCACUUGUCUGUGUUCUGAUUGACGAGGUUGAGUCAUUGGCUCAUGCACGUAAAGCUUGUAUCAAUGGAACCGAACCUAGCGAUUCGAUUCGUGUCGUAAACGCGUUACUAACUCAACUGGAUCAGCUUAAACGAUAUCCUAAUGUUCUUAUAUUGACAACCAGUAAUGUAACAGAAGCCAUUGAUCUGGCUUUUGUCGAUCGUGCUGAUAUCAAACAAUUUAUCGGAUUUCCUACAGAUCUUGCCAUUUACAAAAUCUAUGCAUCUUGCCUUAAAGAACUUAUGAGGACCGGCAUCGUGGAUCAGGAUACCAUUCAUGAUAUGUCUUAUUUAAAGAUGCUGGGAUACGAGGAAACGUCUGAAACGAAACACAGUUUGAUGCUGUGUGAACUGAGUCGACAAAGUGUUGGUUUAAGCGGUCGUGUUUUGAGAAAAAUACCAUUCUUGGCACAUGCGUUGUAUCUUCAUACUAGAACGACUACCGUACCGCGAUUUUUAAGAGCCAUGCAUCUUGCCAUUGAAAAACAAAAGGAAGAAGAGUUUAACUGAAAUAAUUACACUAUACAAAAUCUUUAACGAGAAGAAAAACAGAAUUCAGUAAACAGACUUUAAAACUCGCUAUUUAUUACUGAUAUAAUAUUUUUAUAUAUCAGAUCGUUUUAAGAAAACUAUGUAUGAUAACAUGUCGAUAUUAAGUAUUUAUAUAAGAUUUUCCACGUUAACUUUACAAUACAAACUAAUCAUUCCAGAUAA